AUCUCAAACAUCGCUGCUCUUAAGAGAAAACCAAAUCAACAAGAAGCGUUGAAUAUUCUUUAUGAUAUUGCAAAUACAGUGACGCCUAUUAUGAAAGAAUAUGGGUUCAAGGUUCGAAACCUCUGUGAAUUUUCACCAAAGGCUGAUAAUUUAUUAGGAAUGAAUAUGAAUAGUGGGUUUAAAAUUUUCAUUAGAUUAAGACCACCUCAUAACGAUAAUGUUUUUUAUCCAAUGAAUGAACUGAUUGGAACAAUGUUACACGAGUUGACUCAUAAUAAACAUGGUCCACAUGAUGCUAAAUUUUACAAGUUAUUGGAUGAGUUAACCACUAAACAAGAGAUGAUUUUAGCUAAAGGAGGUCCUGUUUUUGAGCAAGCGCCAUUUCAGGGACUUGGUAAUAAACUUGGGGGAAAAGAAUUGACAAAUGUUCGAGAUUCAAGAUUGAAACGGUUGGAUAUUAAAUAUGAAGGCGGUGUUAAAAAACUAGGUGGAACUAGUGAUAAAAAGGCCGAUUUGAAAGAUCUUGUCAGAGAGGCUGCAAUUAAAAGAUACGAGGAUAAUAAAUGGUGUCAUGGAGCUGGUAAAGGUGAUAUACCGGAUGAUGAUGAAUUGGAUAUUAUUGAAAUAGAU